AGUGGGUGCCCGAUGCCCGACCCCGAUCCCAGACCUUCGCCCAACGAUGGUUUCCAGGCCAUUCCCAUUCACAGUGCCGGUGGCCAGCAGCGGGAGCUGAUCCUGCAGAGCAGCCAGAGGAGUCCUUGCUGCAAUCGCGAUCUGCGCAAUCAGCCCCAGGCAAAUGCAGUUGGAGCAGCGGCGCUUAUUUUUGUGUCCGGAGGUCUGCACAUAGCCUGGAGCAUUGGCUUUGACACUAUCUUUACCGAACUUGAAGUUACCAAUCAUUUGCGUAUUUGCUGGUUUUUAGCCGCCAUUUUCGGAGCCCUUUUGGGUGGAUUCUUCAGUCAGAAAUAUUCAUAUAAAUUGUUAAUGGAAUUCUGCUCCGUUCUCGUUCUGAUCGGAGGAGCUGUGAUGGCUGUAAACAAGUUAAACCCAAAUGCCUUGCUGGCAGCACGAUAUCUGAAUGGUUUUGCCAAUGGACUGGCCAUAGCUCCCACCCUGGCCAUGGCUGGUGAGCUUUCCGUUUUCUACAAGAGAGGAACCAUUACCUCGGCGGGAGAGCAGUGGCCGGUGACUAUCGGGAUCUUCGUGCAGAUCGUAUGCAGUGCCAGCUGGGACACGGAAAGUGACUUAACGGAGGAGCAGUUCCAGGGAGCAAUAAGUGCAGUGUUGGGUGUCCUGGCCCUGGUCAUGGCUACCCUGCUCUCCAUCGAGUCGCCGGUGGAUCUUCUGGAGCGGAACGACGAGCAGGGGGCCAUCGAGGCGCUGAGCCGACUGCAAAGACCCCGGGCAGUGACAGCGGAGACAUACGACCAGGUGAGCGACCAUCGCACCUACCUGGCUCUACAUCGAUCCCUGAGCUGGCAAAAGGCCUGCCCUGCGUUCUUCCGGCUGGCGAUAAUGCGAGCCCUGUACGGGAUGAGCUGCAGCAUGCUGGUGGCCUACACGCUGACAGUGACAAGCACCAUGGUCUACAGAGGCAACUCAGGACCGUAUGUCCUCUUCGGCUUCCUGCGACUCGUGGGCAGCUUCAGCUGUGCCUUUGCCCUGGACUCAUUGGGCAGGAAGAUACCACUGCUCCUGGGUCUGGUAAUCUCUGGUGGCCUAUGCUUUGGCCUGGCCAGCAGGUUUGCCUACACCAAGGUCCUCCGUUUCGGGGACAUGCGUAUGGCCCUGUGGCUCCUGCUCAUCUUCCAGCUGUUCGCGGGCAUAGGAUUCGCGCCCAGUUCGGCGUAUCUCUCGGAGGCCUUUCCCCGCCGCUUCAAAAGGCAGUGCAUAGCACUGGCCUAUGUCCUGGAGAUGAUCGUCCAGGUGAUCAUCCUCCAAGUCGAUCUCAGCGCCACAGUCGAGGGCAGUGAUUGUGUCGAGAUGUUCUUCUUCGCCAUGGGAAGUCUCCUGCUGGCCAGCUUCCUGGGAAGCGUGUGGUUCAUGCCGGAGACAAAGGACACUACGCUGGUGCAGGCACAGUUCCGGUUCCAGGAGUUUGUGAUCCCGCCCGCCUAAAAGUAGGCCACUCAAGACUAACCAACCCCUGGAUAUAGCUAGGGAAUAAAUCGGAAAUCUUUAUAGGGA